AUGCCUAGCUGCUCAGAAGAACUACCGCAUCCACCCCCAUACGUGCCCCCUCUUGGCUUAAGAAGGAUGUCAGAUGAGGGAGAAUCCUCUGGGGCAUCAGGAUUAAUAGCCCAACUAGACCGGAUAUCCCCCCUCAUGAGAAGCCCUGGGGAUCCACCAGAUACAAUAGAUCGAUCAGCCCAAGCCAAUCUUUCACCCCCGGGGACUUCUGCCCAGGUAGACCCCCAGGAGCCCACAGAAAGCCCCGAAGCAUUUUAUGCCCGCCUUAUUGACGCUUACCACAUGUACACUCCCAUAGAUCCUACUGAUCAGGCGAAUGCCUGAAUGUUAACAAUGGCAUUUAUCUCACAAAGUGCCACAGACAUACGCCGUAAAUUACAAAGGCUUGAGGGAGCACUAGGUAAGCCCAUGAGUGAGCUAAUGGAGGUGGCACGGAAGGUUUUUGUAAACAGGGAAAAAGAGGAAGAGCGGAAGAAAGAUCAAAAGAUGCAAAGAAAAGCUGAAUUAAUGGCGGCAGCUAUGAUGUGGACCCCAAAAGAUAGAGGAGGCAGCCAAGCAAGGGGCAACAGAUCUGGGUUAGAAUGUAACCAGUGUACUAUUUGUAAGGAGGAGGGACACUGGAAGGGUGAGUGUUACAGGAAAGGAUUUGAAAGAACCCCUCUCAUAGGCUUGGCAGAGGUGGAAGAAUGGGACUGAAACCGACCGGGUUCAGAUUGCCUCCGAGAACCUAUGGUCCAGCUAAAUGUAGGAGGCAAACCUAUUACCUUCCUAGUAGAUACUGGAGCCACAAGGUCAGUCCUAACCCAGCCCCUAACCCAGGCCUCCCCCCACACUAUUAACAUCCAGGGGACAACAGGAAGUAUUUUACAGCACCCCUUUUUGGAGCCCCUCGUUUGCACAACUAAAGGACAAACCAUAACACAUCAAUUUGUGUAUAUGCCAGACUGUCCUAUCCCACUCCUGAGGAGGGAUUUGUUGUGCAAACUUCGAGCUCAGAUCUCCUUUGAAGAGGAUGGAACAAUGACACUGGGAUAUGGGAAGAUAAACGCAUACCCCAGGCAUAUUGUCCAAGCAAUUCAAGAAGUUAUUGAUCUAUACUUGAGAUACCAUAUUCUGGUGCCCACCGAAUCCAAAUGGAAUACCCCAAUAUUGCCCAUUCCAAAGGGGGAAGGUAGGUUUAGGCCAGUUCAGGACCUCAGGGUCAUUAAUUUGGCUACUGUAACCAUCCAUCCGGGGGUCCCAAAUCCAUAUGUCAUUUUAGGCUUGAUCCCCCAGACUGCCAGGUGGUUCUCAGUCAUAGACUUAAAGGAUGCUUUCUUUACAAUACCUAUACAUGAGAGCAGUCAACACUUAUUUGCAUUUGAGUGGGAAAGCCCUUUAACUGGUCGGAAGCAACAGUAUACAUGGACCAGGUUACCCCAAGGGUUUAAAAACUCACCUACCCUUUUUGGGGCUGCCUUAGCUAAAGACCUAGAAGCUUUGAUUACACCCCCUCCUGAUGUGGUGUUGCAGUAUGUGGAUGAUCUGUUGAUUACCGGUCGCACAAAAGAUAAUUGCUGGAAAAACACACAUGAGUUGUUACUCCUAUUGCAAGACCUGGGAUAUAAGUCCUCUAAGAAAAAACAAGCACUGUUGCAAGCCCCCAGUUUAGGCCUCCCGGAUUUGAAUAAACCAUUUCAAUUAUUUGUAGAUACUAAACAGAAUGUAGCAGUGGGUGUCCUCACCCAGACAAUGGGAACAUGGCAUCGCCCUGUAGCUUAUCUCUCUAAACAGCUGAAUAACGUUGCAAAAGGAUGGCCUGCGUGCCUUAAGGCUGUGGCUGGGACUGCUUUCUUAACCCAGGAAGCAAGUAAACUGACUUUUGGACAAGAGCUUGACAUUUAUACUCCCCAUGCCCUUAAAGCAGUUCUGGAAACAAAGGGCCAUUUGUGGCUAACCAACCCCCGAAUGCUAAAAUACCAAGGCUUAAUCACUCAUAACCCUAUGAUUAAUAUUAUACAAUCCACUGCAUCAAAUCAUGCUACAUUAUUGCCUGAACCAAACUCAGAAACCAUUCACGAUUGUAUCCACACAACAGAGGAAACAUACGCCAGCCGCCCUGACAUGACUGAUGUACCCCUUCCUUCUCCGAAUUACACCUUAUAUACGGACAGUACCAGCUUCAUACAGGAAGGAAUUAGACAGGCAGGGUAUGCGGUGGUUACUUUGGAUGAUGUUUGGGAAGCAGAACCCCUCCCUUCAGGCACGAGUGCGCAGUUAGCUGAAUUGCAUGCAUUAACUAGAGCUUUAGAGCUGGCAAAAGGCAAAUGUGUCAACAUAUAUACAGACUCUAAAUAUGCUUUCCUCAUGGUUCAAGUCCAUGGUGCCUUAUAUAAGGAAAGAGGACUUAUCACUGCAGGAGACAAGGAUAUUAAGUAUGGCCCCCAGAUACUACGCCUCCUAGAAAGUGUAUGGGCCCCACAGAAGGUUGCAGUCAUACACUGCCGAGGACAUCAAAAAGUGGCCUCUGAUAUACAAAAAGGCAACAAUAAAGCAGAUAGAAUGGCACGAGAGGCGGCUCAAAGGGCUCCAACAAUACAAGCACAAUGCCUUACUGUAUGGACGCCACACAAGCACCACCAACCACGAUUACUCCCAGGAAGACAUGAACCAAAUUGA